AUGGCAAAUGCUUCAGCGAAGCGUGUCGCUCAACAGAAUGCCGAGACGAUCAAGAACAUGAAGCUGGGGAUGCUCGGCGCGGGAGUGCUAUCGCUGUUGUUACGGCUCAUAAUUCGCAAGGGCUCUCUGUCUCCAACACGGCUUUCUCUUUGGCUACUCAUACUGUCCUAUGUACCAUCAAUAUUCCUUUCGCGCUACCUUGAGCGAAUUGGAUCACCUCGGCGUGAUCAUACCACAGAUACCUUAAUCUCUGCUGGUGAAGAUCUUGGACGUCCUGGUAUCAUUGAAUGGGCGUUCGAUGUCAUAUAUAUUACAUGGGCAUGCCAAAUCGGAAGCGGAGCGUUUGGUGAAUGGUUCUGGUGUUUGUAUUUGGUUAUACCUAUAUAUGCGAUAUAUAAACUAUGGAGCACUGUGAUAUCCCCAAUGCUCCUGGGACGGUCUCCACCGCCCAGCGUCCAGGACAAUAACUUACCCGGAGGUUCUGCGAGCAAAAGGCAAGAAAAACUCCGCAAAAGGAGUGAGCGAGGGGAUCCGCGAGUGCGCGUACAGACAAAGGGGUGA